AUGAAGUUAAAUGAACCAGAAUUUAUAGAUAGUGCUAAAACAGAAUUUACAAUCAAAAAAUGCACAACUCCAUUAUUAUUAAAGAAUUUUAAAAGUUUAUUUCCAAAUGAAUUAAAGGCGUUAAUAGACCAAAAUGGUGACGAGAAUAUAGGUUGUUUAAAUGACGAUAAUAAAACACCAUUAUAUUUAAUUUUGUGUUGGAGACAAACCAAAUUACCAAUGUCUGGUUUUUCAUCUGCAACCGAUGAAGAAAGAGAAGAAAAAUCAUUAUUUUUUAUCGAAACUGCUUCAAAUUUUUGUAAUAUAGUCAAAGAAAAUGGUUAUUGGAGUGAUUUUAUCGAUCCAUUAUCAGGUGUCCCAUAUAUAAAUAGAGACAAUGCAAAUUCAGUUUUUGUACCAACAGACUCAGUUCAAAUGAUGGGUAUUGAUAUUAUAGAUGUAGGUUGUUGCCAAGUAAUGAUACAUCCAACUUGGAAAGUUAGAUCAUUUUUUUCAAUAAUGAUUUCAACUGCACCAUUUGAAAUUAUAGACAAUUCAUUACACCAAAUUAAUAAUUAA